AGAAAAUCUCAGUCUUAAGGAAGCAGCAGACCUGCUUACUUGUCAGCUAGCCCUGUGUACUGAUCCAGCAGGAUGAUUUGGAUACUUCAGUUCUUGUUUUCACCGCUCCCAACUCCAGCUUUGAUUGGUCUUGUUACUUUUGGAGCAAGUGUCUUCCUAUGGGUGAUAAGCAAACCAAAACCAGUUGAACACCCUGUUCCCUUGGACAAGCAGUCUGUUGGCACAGAGGGAGGAGCUAGAAGGAGUGCACUCAUACCUGAAGGCAAGCUGCUUUCAUAUUACCAUGAGGAUGCAAAGACACUGUAUGAAUGUUUCAAAAGAGGACGGUAUGUGUCGGAAAAUGGUCCUUGCUUAGGAUACAGAAAGCCAAAACAACCUUAUCAAUGGCUGUCUUACCAACAGGUUCUAGAUAGAGCUGAAUGGCUGGGUUCAGGCCUCCUGCAUAGAGGACAUAAACCAUCACCUGACCAAUUUAUUGGCAUCUUUGCUCAGAACAGACCAGAGUGGAUAAUCUCUGAGCUUGCCUGCUACACCUAUUCGAUGGUUGCUGUUCCCCUGUAUGAUACCCUAGGGCCAGAGUCACUUGUGUACAUUGUUAAUAAAGCUGAUAUCUCUACAGUGAUCUGUGACAAACCUGACAAGGCCCAGAUGCUGCUUGGAAACUGUGAACAAGGGAAGACCCCAGGACUGAAGACCAUUAUUCUGAUGGAUCACUUUGAUAACAAAAUAAAGGAAAGGGGAGCUGCCAUAGGAGUUGAACUCCUUUCACUAAAAGAAGUUGAGAAAUUGGGCAAAGACAACUUAAGCAGACCAGUUCCCCCCAAACCAGAGGAUUUGUGUAUUAUCUGUUUCACCAGUGGAACCACUGGUAAUCCUAAAGGAGCCAUGCUAACACAUGAGAAUGUUGUUGCUGAUGCAGCAGCCUACCUAAAGAGCCUAGAGGUAUCUCCUUGUCGAACAUCUGAUUGCUCUGUGUCGUACCUUCCUUUGGCUCACAUGUUUGAAAGGGUAGUGCAGACCGUAAUGUACAGCAGUGGAGCACGAGUGGGGUUCUUCCAAGGAGAUAUUAGAGUUCUGACAGAUGACAUGAAAGCUCUGAAGCCAACAAUCUUUCCAGUAGUGCCAAGACUGCUCAACAGGAUCUAUGACAAGAUACAAAGUGGUGCUCAAACGACAUUCAAACGUCUUCUGCUAAAUAUUGCUGUGGCUAGGAAGCAUGCUGAAGUGAAGCAGGGCAUUCUCCGAAACACGAGUAUCUGGGACAAGCUAGUAUUCAACAAAAUUCAAGACAUCAUGGGUGGGAAAGUGCGAGUAGUAGUAACUGGAGCUGCUCCAAUAUCUCCAUCUGUCUUGAGAUUCCUCAGAUCAGCUUUUGGAUGCCAGAUUUUUGAAGCAUAUGGUCAAACAGAAUGCACUGCUGGCUGCACUUUCUCAUUAGCAGGAGACUGGACAACAGACCAUGUUGGGCCGCCACUUGCCUGCAACCUCAUAAAGCUUGAUGAUGUUGCUGAAAUGAACUACUUUGCAGCUAACAAUGAAGGGGAGAUUUGCAUUAAGGGGCCAAAUGUAUUCAAGGGUUACCUAAAGGAUCUAGAGAAAACAGCAGAAGCCCUUGAUAAGGAUGGGUGGCUUCAUACUGGAGACAUUGGGAAAUGGUUACCGACUGGAGCCUUGAAGAUCAUUGACAGAAAAAAGAACAUUUUCAAACUUGCUCAAGGAGAGUACAUUGCACCAGAGAAAAUAGAAAACAUCUACAUCAGAAGUGCGUCUGUAGCACAGGUCUUUGUGCAUGGGGAAAGCUUACAGUCUUUCUUGGUUGGUGUGGUAGUUCCUGACGCAGAGACUCUUCCAGAGUUUGCAACAAAGUUGGGAGUGAAGGGUUCAUACGAAGAACUGUGCAAAAAUGUAGCAGUGAAAAAAGCUAUUGUGGAUGACAUGAUCAAGCUGGGGAAAGAAGCUGGCCUUAAGUCUUUUGAACAGAUAAAGGACAUCUACCUUCAUCCAGAAAUGUUCUCAGUUGAAAAUGGACUCUUGACCCCAACACUAAAGGCAAAGAGAGCAGAGGUAUCGAAACGCUUCAGGAACCAGAUUGAUGCCCUUUACGCUUCUAAUAUGUAAGGAGGCAAAGGCUAG